AUGUACCUCGCCCGGACUAUGCCGCCGCGUCCGGAGGUGGUUGAGGCUUUUAGGGAUUGGGACAGCUGUUUAGAGGAUUGCUUUGAGCAGCUUUUCCCACCUGGCACUUGGGAGCAUGACCCCGACCGGUCUAGGCGCGCACGCAUGCAGCUGCAUCUCCCUGUGCGUUUCGGAGGGUUCGGGAUCCGGGCGGCGGCCUCUUUGAGCCCACUGUCCUAUGUUUGCGGGUGGGCGCAGGCCGCGCGGGACAUUGCACAGUUAGGGGUGGCGGAUGAGGAGGCGAUGUUUGCUGAGUACCUCACCACUUCGACAGGGGCAGAGUUUCUUGACCCGUGGUUUGUCAAGGCUCUCGAGCAGCUGCCAGCGACUAUCCGCCACGAGAUACCGGGCUUACCUCUGUGUGUAGCGGCCCCUCCUAUUCGGCUUUUCCAGGCGCGUCAGCGGCAGUUAGCUGUAGAGGAGCUCCAGGCACUGCGCCGCUUGGCUCGUGACGAUGCUACCUUGGCCCGUUUCACAUCCCUUCAGGGCCCGGGGGCAGGUGCAUGGGUUUCGGCGGUUCCGGCUCACUCAGAUCUCACAUUCACUGCGGCUGAGUGGGGCAUUGCUGCUGCUAUACGGCUCGGCCUCCUAAUUCAGCAGCUGCAGGUGGCGGGGAGGUGUGUUUGCGUCGGGGGGGGGGUGGUGACAUUGGAGGAUAGUGUGGUGCUGCAAGGGAAGCGGGUUGAUGUGGCGGUGCGACGUCCAAUGGCUGGAGAGGCUCACGCCCUAGAGAUCAGCGUCGCGGACCCGCUAUCGCUGUCUCCAUCACUGCUGGGACAGUGCGGGCGUCAAAUAGGUGUGGCGGCAAGAGAAUGGGAGCGUCGCAAAACGAGUGAUUACGCGCCUCUGCUUGCACGCAACCGGGGCGUGCAGUUCACCCCUUCGAUAGUUGAGACGUGGGGGUGUCUCGGCGGUCGUUUUCAGCGGUGGCUUCGUCAGCAGGGGGAUGCGCACGUGGGGCUAGCUGUGUCGCGGGGGGCUUGUCGAGAGGACGACUCUGUGUUUUCGGCUUAUCUUUUAGGGUCACUUAAGGCGCUCAUCGGGGUGGCGUUACAACGUGCGCAAGCCCGUGUCAUCCUGCUUCGAGCGGCGUCUUCCAUGGGGGGGAUUAACGUAGAUUUGGCGGAUCGGGAGAGGGACGAUGUCGAUGUGGAAGGCGGGGCUCUCUGGGUGGAGGCCCCUGUCAGAACAUUGUAG